UGGUAUUUCCUUCAUAAUCCAUAAAUAAAAACUGAAAUGACUGGAUUGUCAUCAAAUUGGGAUGUUUACAGGAUUCAGUGGAAGAACAUAACUGAAGUCACCAUGUUUAUAUUGCUGGGUUUCACAAAUGAUUUUGACAUGCAAGUCUUCCUAUUUUUAUUAUUUCUAGCAAUCUAUCUUUUUACGUUGGUGGGAAAUUUGGGAUUAGUUGGAUUGGUCAUUGGGAAUUCCCGGCUCCACAACCCGAUGUACUACUUUUUGAGUGUCCUAUCAUUCUUGGAUGCCUGCUAUUCUACAGUUGUCACCCCAAAAAUGUUGGUCAAUUUCCUGGCAGAGAAUAAAUCCAUUUCAUUUUAUGGCUGUGCAGCACAAAUGCUUCUCUUUGUUACUUUUGGGACCACGGAAUGCUUUCUCUUGGCUGCCAUGGCCUAUGACCGCUAUGUGGCAAUCUACAACCCUCUCCUGUACUCAGUGAGCAUGACACCCAGGGUCUAUGUGCCACUCAUCAUUGCUUCCUAUGUUGCAGGCAUUUUACAUGGUACCGUUCACACAGUGGCCACUUUCAGCCUGUCCUUCUGUGCAUCCAAUGAAAUUAGACAUGUCUUUUGUGACAUACCUGAUUUGAGUUCGAUAACUUGUUCCUUAAAUGUCUUGACUCUCUCUUUCAUAGUCUGA